AUGCGAGAAGGCCGAGGCCUCCGCAUCCGAAAGUUGCUAACUAAUGGCAACGACAGAGAUCUUUUUGCUGGGCUUGAUAGGCUAAAAAGGCCAGCGUCUCUGCCGAACGAUAACAGCGAAGAUAUAUUCGAAGUCGUCGAUGACGAAACUGGUAACCAACUGGGCUAUAUUGCAAUUCGAGGUGGCUGA